UGGCAGUACUAGCGGUGAAAGGUCACGGCUGACCACAUGUGGGUUUGUUGUUGCUGUUUUUGCGGCAAAUAGUGUCUUCAGGUGGUCCAGGCAUCCUGGAGCAGAAUGCGUAACCUGGUGCUUGUAAGGAGCACUCAAGGCUGUGCGCAGCAGCCAGGGGUCCCACACUGUGUAACAGUGCGCUGUGACAGCGGCUCUCUGCUGGGGGCCUCACAGUUCUCUAUUACAGAGUUUGACCCGCGCACAGGGAAGGUGCUGAACGAGGCCUCCCUAACGACUGAGGGCUAUCUCCCUGAGGAUGGGAGUGGGACAGUAGUUGGACUACAGGACCUAGCAGAACUGGAAUCAGCCUGUGUGGCCACAGCUGCAGGGGAUGUCAUCCUCUACAACUUCAGCUCCAGACAGUUUGAGUGUGUGGGAAGUGUAGACAGUGGCCUCACCUCAAUGAGCUGGAGUCCUGAUGAAGAGCUGGUCAUUUUCACUACAGGUCAGGACACUUUCAUAAUGAUGACCAAAGACUUUGAGCCAAUCAUUGAAGUGGGGAUUCACCAAGAAGACUUUGGGGAAGAAAAGUUUAUAACAGUGGGCUGGGGAAAGAAGGAAACUCAGUUCCAUGGCUCUGAAGGGAAACAAGCAGCUCAGAAGAAGACAGUGGAGCUGCAGCCAGCCCCUGCCUGGGACGACCACCGGCCACGGGUGUCGUGGCGAGGGGACGGGCAACUGUUUGCUGUGAGCGCAGUGUGUCCUCAGAGCGGGGCCAGGAGGGUCCGGCUGUGGAACAGAGAGGGAGUGCUCCAGGCCACCAGUGAAGCCAUCAGCGGGUUGGAGCAACCGCUCUGCUGGAGGCCCUCAGGAAAUCUGAUCGCUAGCACCCAACGACAGCGCAACAAGCACUGUGUUGUCUUUCUGGAGAAAAAUGGGCUUCAGCAUGGAGACUUCACCCUGCCCAGCAGCACGAGUCAUACCAAGGUGAAGGAGCUCUGGUGGAACAGUGACUCCACAGUGUUGGCUCUGUGGCUGGAGGACACCACUGCAGCUGGAGAGGGAGCGCUCAGCACUCACUUUCAACUGUGGACGACUGGAAACUACCACUGGUACCUGAAGCAGAGCCUGGCCUUUGGGGAUGAUCCCCACAGAGCUCCAGUGUGUUUGUGCUGGGACCCUGUGCACCCCCUGCAGCUGCAUGUGGUACUACGGGACUGGACCACACUCAUGUACGAGUGGGGCUGGGCCACAGAGCGCAGCAGAGGGCUGGAUGGAGCUGAUGACGCCAGUGUGGCUGUGAUCGACGGGAGUAAAAUUCUUGUCACCAACUUUCGUCAGUGCGUGGUACCCCCACCCAUGUGCUCCUAUGAGCUCCAGCUGACCUCUGUGGUCAACCAAGUGAUGUUUUCGUGCCAGCCCAACCGGAGUAAUGAGCUGGCUGCAUAUACAGCAGAUGGACACAUCUCAGUGUUUGGUCCAGAACUGAGAGAGAAGGAAAACAGCAGUGCCUUUAGGACAGUGUGCCAGCCGCUGGUAUCAAAGAGAACAUACAGCGUUGACCUUGACCUGGAGCGCCCCCUGGAGUUACAUCACCUGCUGUGGCUCAGAGUGGACCUGUUUGUGGCUGUGAGAGCAUUUCCAAAAACAAACUAUUCCAAAGUGCUGUUCCUCAGUCCCUCACAGGCCUCGGAUCAAACACUUGCCCUCAGGUGUGAGGUGGAGGUGUCUGGAGCUGUGGUCAGUGUGGCUCACAGCGCUCACAGCGGCUCUGUGACUCUGCAGCUGGAGGACGGAAACAUCAAAAAGCUCCUCUGGGAUUGUGAUGAGCCAUUGGUGGAGGACUGGGAGGACUCCAGAGGCAGUUUGGUCCGCUUCCCUGUGGUCUGUGUCCUGACUGCACUGUGCAACAUCGUACAGGAGGAGUAUGUACUUGGCCUGACCGACAGAUGCCACAUGUAUGCUGGAGACACUAAGCUUGCCUCGAAUGUCUCAUCCUUCUCUGUCUGCAACGAUUUCUUGCUUGUCACAACCCAUUCGCACCACUGCAGAUGUCUCCAGCUCUCCUCCCUGAGUGUUAAAGACCUGCAGGUGGCGCUGGCUGCAGAUGUAGGACAGAAUGACGAGACGCUGCGCAGAGUGGAGAGAGGGGCGCGGAUAGUCACUGUAGUGCCACAGGACACCAGGGUCAUUCUACAGAUGCCGCGGGGGAACCUUGAAACUGUGCAUCACCGCGCCUUAGUGUUGGCUCAGCUCCGAAAAUGGCUAGACAGUUUGCGAUUCAAAGAAGCUUUUAUGUGUAUGAGGAAACUGAGAAUUAACUUGAAUCUCAUUUACGAUCACAAUCCCAAAUUAUUUUUGGACAACAUUGCGACAUUUAUCACACAGCUUGGCUCCAUCAACCACAUAAACUUGUUCCUCACUGAACUCAAGGAGGAAGAUACCACACAGACCAUGUACCCUAGGCCAGAAGACUCCCUCUCCCAACCUUACAAAGUGCCUGGGACAAAGGUUGAUAUUGUAUGUGAUGCUCUAAGGAACACUAUGGAGUCCAUGGACCCAAACAUGUAUUGCUUGUCCAUUUUGACGGCUCAUGUGAGAAAGACCUUACCAGAGCUGGAGAUUGCUCUGCAGAAAGUUCAUGAACUUCGAGUAAACCCCCCUCCUGCUGUGGUGGCUGUGAGUGCUGAGGAGGCUCUGAAGUACCUGCUGUUCCUGGUGGACGUCAAUGACCUGUACGAACACUCUCUGGGCACGUAUGACUUUGACCUGGUGCUCAUGGUGGCUGAGAAGUCUCAGAAGGAUCCAAAGGAGUAUCUACCUUUCUUAAACAUGCUGAAGAAGCUGGAGCCAAGCUAUCAGCGCUACACCAUCGACAAACAUCUGAAGCGCUACAAGAAGGCUCUGGUCCAUCUCAGUCAGUGUGGAAAAGAACAUUUCCCUGAGGUGCUGCAGCUGGUCAAAGAGCAGAAGCUCUACACUGAAGCUCUUAACUUAUUUGCUGCUGACAAGACUCACUAUAAGGAGCUGACGGUUGCCUUUGCGGAGCACCUGGUGGGUCAGCAGCAGAUGGAGCAGGCAGGGCUGUUGCUGUGGAGGUGUGGAGAGACACACUUGGCUCUGCAGAGCUUUGUGAGCUGCUGCAGCUGGAGACAGGCCCUGUGUGUGGCGCAGGUCAUCCCUCUGCCCCCUGACCAGCUGGCUCUCCUAGCCCGCGACAUGGCAGAAAAGCUGAGUGAACAGCGGCGUUACUCUGAGGCGGCUCUCCUGCUGGACCAAUAUGCCAAUGACUGUGAGGAGGCCAUCCUUGCUCUAAUCACUGGAGCUGUUUGGGACGAGGCUCUGCGAUUGAUUCACACACAUCAGAGGCAGGACAUCACGGAGACCAAUCUCAAACCUGCUCUGCUUGAAGCAUUCUGUGCGCAAUCAACCUUUCUGGAAACUCAGGUGUCCACAUUCACACGGCACAGGGCCAGACUGGCUGUGGUCCGAGAGCAAAAACUCAAGGCCAGGGUGGACAUGCUCGAUGAAGAGGGCCCAGACUGUGCUGAUGCAGAGCUGUACAGUGAGGCCAGCAGUGUCCUGACCGGAUCCAAGUACUCCCAGAGCAACUCACGCAUCUCCUCGAGGUCAUCGAAAAACCGUCGGAAAGCAGAACGCAAAAAGCUAAGUCUGAAAGAAGGAAGUCCAAUGGAGGACAAAGCAUUGAUACAUGCCCUUGGGGAGAUCAUCACCACUGUGGACAAAAUGAGAGAGGAGGUGCACGGCCUGCUGAAGAUGCUGGUUCUGUUUGAGUUUGAGCGGCAGGCGCACAGACUACAGGAGCAGUAUGCUGAGGCCCUGAGUCUGCUGGAGGCCGCUGUGCCCGAGGUGUGGCCGAAUAAUGCCCUCAACAACUGCACACCGCUCACUGGGCCUCAGAGCACGGCCAAUAGCAUCUCAGCCUCCUUCCAACAGCAGAGUCCAGCAGUCCUUCCACCAGCUCAGGCACAAGAUGCUGAGAUUCUGGCACCACCAAAGCUGAGACACAACAUCAAAUGGAAGCUCACUGUUCUAACAUAAAAUAUGUGUAUUAUUUACUUUAGCUUUUUAAAAAAAAAAUCUUUACUUGUUUGUAUAUGUUAUAAAAUAUUAAAAUUAUGUCAACUGUAG